AAGCCUUUGGCGACCCUUGAGGAGUGAGCAAGAAGAAGGAGGAGGAGAAAGAAGAGAAGAAGGUGUGGGAUUUACCCCUCAAGACGAAGCCCCCAGGACCCCCUUCUCCACCCUCUUGUCUUAUGGCUUGAAGGCAGGUCCCAAACCUGGAGGGCUCUUCUUUUUCUUCUUCAUGGAUUCCCCCAACAUGUCCUGGUAUGACGGUAUCUAUGAGAACAGAAGUCUCAACGAGUCUGGCCCAGAACCAAAGCCGGCCCACGAGUACAACUACUACGCCAUGCUCCUCACCCUCCUCAUCUUCGUCAUCGUCUUUGGCAAUGUGCUGGUGUGCAUGGCCGUGUGUCGAGAGAAGGCCCUUCAGACCACCACCAACUACUUGAUUGUGAGCCUCGCGGUGGCUGAUCUUCUGGUGGCCACUCUGGUGAUACCGUGGGUGGUCUACUUGGAGGUGGUUGGGGAAUGGCGAUUCAGUCGCAUCCACUGCAACAUCUUUGUGACUCUGGAUGUUAUGAUGUGCACGGCAAGCAUCCUCAACCUUUGCGCCAUCAGCAUUGACAGGUACACAGCCGUGGCCAUGCCAAUGCUCUACAACACGCGCUACAGCUCCAAGCGCAGGGUGACCGUCAUGAUCUCGGUGGUGUGGGUCCUCUCCUUUGCCAUCUCCUGCCCCUUGCUUUUUGGGCUAAACAACACAGAGGAGAAUGAGUGUAUCAUUGCCAAUCCUGCCUUUGUUGUGUAUUCCUCUAUCGUCUCCUUCUACGUUCCCUUCAUUGUCACCCUGCUGGUGUACGUGCAGAUAUACAUAGUGCUGCGGAAACGCAGGAAGCGGGUCAACACCAAACGCGUCGGCACCCACCUGGGCCCGGACUCUGACACGCAGGCCCCGCUGAAGGACAAAUGCACGCAUCCAGAAGACGUCAAGCUCUGCACGCUCAUCUUGAAGACCAAUGGUAGCUUCCCGCUUCAUAAACGGAAAGUGGACACAGUGAACCAGAUAGAUGAGAUGGAGAUGGCCACCAGCACCAGCCCGCCAGAGAAGAGCAAACACAAGCCAUCGGUGCCAAGUCACAAUGAGUUAGCCAUGCCGGCCCCUUCCCACAUGUGUGCCAACUCCACGUUGAGGUCUCCAAUGGACAGCCCACUUCAAGUCGCAAAGAACGGGCACACAACAGACAACCCCAAAACAGCCAAGGCCUUUGAGAUCCAAACCAUGCCCAAUGGCAAGACACAGAGUUCACUCAAGACCAUAAGUCGGAGGAAAUUCUCACAGCAGAAAGAAAAGAAAGCCACGCAGAUGCUUGCCAUUGUGCUUGGUGUCUUCAUCAUCUGUUGGCUCCCGUUCUUCAUCACCCACAUCCUGAACAUGCACUGCGACUGCAACAUCCCCCAGGCCAUGUACAACGCCUUCACGUGGCUUGGAUACGUCAACAGCGCCGUCAACCCCAUCAUCUACACCACCUUCAACAUUGAGUUCCGAAAGGCUUUCAUGAAGAUCCUCCAUUGCUAGCUUCUCCUUGAGGACCAAGUGCAUGGAUAGCAUCAUCAUAGUAUGGGGAGGUCUCAUGAGGAGAACUUCUGUGGUGUGGUAUCUCCAAGGAAGCACAUACAGAGUUCAAAGUGUGUAUUUUCAGCCAGUCGUGGUCCGAGAUUGCCUCGUUCUCACGGUGAUGUGUAGAUUCUGAGGGACCGUCACAAAAGUGUUCAUUUCCAACGCAACCUCUGCACUGUGCUUUUUAACACAAAGAAAGGAACCAAGGAGACCAACGACAACGUUUGCUUGUGGUCAGCAAGGCCUCCAGUGCAUUAAUCACAUGAGUUAUGGAAGAACCCAAUCAUGGGAGACACUUUGACUUGUUUCCAUGUUGAUGUUACUGGUACGUUUCUCACCAAAGACACCUUCACCUUGUCUACUUUGCAAUAGGAGAUGCUUCCACACACUGAAUUGAUCUUUCCUCAAAAGCCAGCACUCCUAGGAAUCGUGUCCAUUGGAAUGGUCUCCAGGCUUUGAAAUGAACAUAUGGGUUCAUUGCCAAGUCUUGGUGGGGCCAACUUCACCAAAGGUUUCCACCAACCCAACCACCGUUACCCUAUGAUCUUCAGAGCGGCGAAUGUAAAGUACGGAAACGGAAUCUCAGGGCAGAGUAGGAAAGAAAACAAAACUAUAGCGACUGUAUCAUACUAAUGUAUAUAUGGAGGGAGGGGGGAUAGAAGGAACUGAGCCGAAGCCCAAGCCAAAAAAAUAAAUAAGGUGUUCCAAAACUUGUCUUGCAUGGUAAGCACUACAUCUGAAAAAAGCCAUCUUCACUUGGAGUUCUAGGCAAUGGUUGUUUCAGAUCCUCCAUCAACAUCAUCAUUUGGUUUCUACCUGGCAUCUAGCUCUUCCGUUCUCCACGGACCAUUUCUUGAAGAAGAACAAAACUGGUCAUGUAGACAUCACAAUGAAACGUAAAAAAGGAUAGUAUGGUAUGUAAUAUGUGAGUACUAUGUUAGUAAUGUAAUAUUUCUUCUAUAUAAACAACUUUUAAUGGCACUUGUUAUGCAAUUGGAAAAUGUGAUAUACACCAUUUUAUGUCCAUGCAAAAAAAAUUAUGUAGGCAUGACAACCAGAGCUAUAAGGACGAGGAUACUUGAACAUAGAUCAAGAAUCAAAAGAAUGAGCACAGAAUCCACACUGUAUUUGCAUUUUAAAGAUACAGUAGAGUCUCACUUAUCCAACAUAAAUGGGCCGGCAGAACGUUGGAUAAGCGAAUAUGUUGGAUAAUAAGGAGAGAUUAAGGAAAAGCCUAUUAAACAUCAAAUUAGGUUAUGAUUUUACAAAUUAAGCACCAAAACAUCAUAUUAUACAACAAAUUUGACAGAAAAAGUAGUUCAAUAUGAAGUAAUGUUAUGUUGUAAUUACUGUAUUUACAAAUUUUACACCAAAAUAUCAUGAUGUAUUGAAAACAUUGACUACAAAAAUGCGUUGGAUAAUCCAGAACGUUGGAUAAGCGAGUGUUGGAUAAGUGAGACUCUACUGUAGCUCCCAUUCCUGUAAUGAUCUCAAAUACUUUGUCUUAGAGAAACUACAAGCCCCCUUCAACAGGGAUAUCAGGAUAUCUCUCCUUCGCAGAGAAACCUUUUGGAUCCACAAACUAAAGUCUUUAACUCCUCGGGGCUUGAAUGAUAAAUUAGAAUCUACCUGUUUUCUUUAAUUGUGCUAUAUCUCUUUAAUUGUGCUACAUUCCUUGAAUUGUGCUAUAGUACUUAAGCCAUUACUGUUCCCCAGUAGAAUGCUCGCAACCUGAUAAAGAACACGGUGUGUAAAGAUCCUCCUAGGACAUGUAAGUUCUAACUACAGUAGAGUCUCACUUAUCCAAGCCUCGCAUAUCCAAGCUUCUGGAUUAUCCAAGCCAUUUUUGUAGUCAAUGUUUUCAAUAUAUCAUGAUAUUUUGGUGCUAAAUUAGUAAAUACAGUAGUUACAACAUAACAUUACUGCAUAUUGAACUACAUUUUCUGUCAAAUUUGUUGUAUAACAUGAUGUUUUGGUGCCUAAUUUGUAAAAUCAUAACCUAAUUUGAUGUUUAAUAGGCUUUUCCUUAAUCUCUCCUUAUUAUCCAAGAUAUUCGCUUAUCCAAGCUCCUGCCAGCCCGUUUAGCUUGGAUAAGUGAGACUCUACUGUAUAAUCCUUAUAUAUUGCUUCUCUUUUGUUAUACAUUUAUUGGGGUGUUUUCUAACAUGUCUAUUUAAAGUAUGGUAUGUAUUACUUUUAAUUUUCCUUUAAAGUGUAUAUUAGAUCGUCAUUCUUUGUAUUUCGAUAUGGAUAGAAGAAUCAAAAAGGCAGAGCCACACCACUCUUUAGCCCAAACAAACAGUGGGAAAUCUGAUUUACCUGAAGAAGCAACGAAACUGGCCUAUACCCGGGAAACCAGUCAAAAAAUUUGGCAGCUUGCAUAACAAGUGCCAUUAAAAGUUGUUUAUAUAGAAGAAAUAUUACAUUACUAACAUAGUACUCACACAUUACAUACCAUACUAUCCUUUUUACGUUUCAUUGUAGUCUAUAGACAUCUGCGUUUUUUGAGAUAAUAUUGCAUGUAGACAUCACCCCAACGGCACCACAUUCCAUCUGAACUUGGUUGUUAAGCAGGGUCAGCUCUGGUAAAUACUUGGAAGGGGGACUUCUAGGUUCUGGAGGUUAUAUUUAGAGGAAUGGUGAAACAACCCUUGCCUAAGACAACCUCAUGAAGUUUAUGCAUCCGACGAUUUGAAGCCAUAUACUUAUCUUUUCUUUCUUUUUUCAUUGAGACACAUAUUUCAUUGAGUUCUGACCUUCCUUCACCCCUUAGCAACAUUUUUAGAAAGCUUUGAUGCUUUCGAAAUUCUAGCCAAAGGCAGUGGUGGGAAGGAACAUUUUCUAACUCAACAUGUCCAACGUCAUCACUCUUUGUAGCCCGCCAUCAGGAAGCCCAUCUCACCAAACGGCCGAUGCUGUAACUGCUAACUGUAUCCACUUCACAGAAGCUUUUGUAAGCUGCCUGCAGCUAUUCUACAGCCACUUAAUAAAAUGACACAGAAAUGGG